UUCCACGUUAUCGACAGUCGUCCACCUCUAGCGAAAAUUUCAUGCGCCAAAAAACGUAAACUAAAGGAGUUUUAUUGGAAUUGCUGCGAUUUCAAGGACACCCAUCUGCCCAAUGUGCAGCGUUACGCAAAACUGAGACCAGGCCCACCAGAUUAUUAGAACUGCUGCAGUGCAUCCUGCGUACGGCGACGUGGAAAGGAAAACGGAACGUCCACCUUGUGGGUGGUGGUACAGCAGCGCUGGAAGAAGAAGAAGCGGCAUCGCUGCAGUCCAGUUAAUAAACAAACGCAUAGAAAGCCCGAGAACAGGGAUUGAAUCGGCGGCAGGACAGGAUGUCCAGCUGGAAAAAGUGAGAGUGAUCUUUGCACUUGAACCUGCAACACAGGAACAUCGAGAUUAAGAUGCAGCAAAUGGACGACCCGCCAUUGCUGCCCGUGGGCACGGAGGUGAGUGCCAAGUACAAGGGCGCCUUCUGCGAGGCAAAAGUCAGCAAGGUGGUGCGCAACAUCAAGUUGAAGGUGGCCUACAAACAGGGACUGGGCUCCGGCAUCGUCUCAGAUGACGCCAUCAAGGCGCCGACGGGCCAACUGCGCGUGGGUGCCGUGAUGGAGGUGCGCCAUCCGGAUCGCAAGGAGAUCGUGGAGGCCACCAUCACCAAGAUCCAGGACUGCUCGCAGUACACGGUGGUCUUCGACGACGGGGACAUCACCACGCUGAGGCGGACAGCCCUGUGCCUGAAGAGCGGCCGUCACUUCAACGAGAGCGAGACGCUGGACCAGUUGCCCCUGACCCAUCCGGAGCACUUUGGCAAUCCCGUGGUGGGCGGACGCAGGGGCAGGCGGCGCGGGCACCUUAACGAGGACAGCUCCGACGACGACGACGAAAGUGACGCCAAGGAGGUGGUCAACGAGAAGGAGGAGAACAUCGGCAAAGUGGUGUGCGUGGAGACAGAGUCCAAGAAGAAGGACAAGGAGAAGUGGUUCCCGGCUCUGGUGGUGGCGCCCACAGCACAGGCCACCGUGCGCAUCCGUGUUAAGGACGAGUACCUGGUGCGCUCGUUCAAGGACGGCCGCUACUAUACGGUGCCCAAAAAGGAGGCCACCGAGUUCACCCGCGAAGUGGCUAGCAAACAAGAUGUGCCUGCUGUGCAGGCGGCACUCGAGUUCCUGGACAGUAGCAUCCUGCCGGCCCACUGGGACAGAGACUCGCUGUUCGGCCUCUCGAACAUCUCCAGCGAUGACGAGGGCGAGAUAGACUCGGACUCCUCCGACGACGAGCCGCACGAAGAGAAGGAUAGGUUUGUGGCCCAGCUGUACAAAUACAUGGACGACCGGGGCACGCCGCUGAACAAAGUGCCCUCCAUCCAAAGCCGGGACGUGGAUCUGUACCGCCUUUUUCGGGCGGUGCAAAAGCGAGGUGGCUACAACCGCGUCACCUCGCAGAACCAGUGGAAGCUAAUCGCCAUGCGGCUGGGCUUUACGCCCUGCACGGUUAGCGUGAUGAAUCUGGUGAAGCAGGCGUACAAGAAGUUCCUGCAGCCAUACGGCGAUUUCCACCGCAAGUUGGGAUGCUCCAUGCUGAUGACCUCGCGCAACUCCAACCGCAGCAAGGGCCGAAGCCUGGUGCGUGCCAACUCGGUGGCCUCGCCCAAGCCCAUGGAGACCCAGAAGACGGAAACCAUCAGCAAACUGGCCCAGCCCAAUCAGACCAAUGCGGUGGCUUCAACUUCGACCUCUGCAGCAGCAGCAGCGGCGGCCUCUGCUGCCCCGCCGAGAGCUGUAUCCACUGCCUCGCAAUCCGCCGCCGAGGAGUCGGGCAACACCAGCGAGUCUAGCGUGGUGGUGGAACCGCCCAAGAAACAAAGGAAGGGCUCAGCGGCCAGCAGUCAGCAGGGCAAGGUCAAGAGUAUGGUGGAGAAGUACGAGGAGAAGUCCACCGCAGGACCGAGCACUUCGGCUGCGUCAGCUGCCGGCGGAUCGGGAGCCAGCGGGUCUGCAGCCACACCAGCCACUGCGGGAGCACCUUCCACGCUGGCUAGCUCAUCCUCAGCCACUUCUGGAAGUUCUGCUCCCAUUGCCACUGCUGGAAGCAACAAAGAUGCCGAAUCAGAUCUGCCGCUGGCCAAGAUCAAGGCAGCGGCUGCUGCAGCCGCUUCGACCAGGCACAGCAUGGAGAAGGAGACCAACAUCAGUUCGGGCAGCAGUGCCUCUGCCUCAAGCAAGGCCAAUUCCACGGAGAUGCAGCGCAGUCGAGAUGCCUCGCCAUCGGUCACUGCACCGCCUCCAACCGCUGCAAGCACAUCCGCUCCAGCUGCAGCCGCCCAGCCGGCGUCCACCAAGAAGGAGAAGCACCAGCGGAGCAAGCAAGCGGAUCGGGAUAAAGAGAAGGACAAGGACAAGGACAAGGAAAAGGAUAAAGACAAGGAUAAGGAUAAGGACAAGGACAAGGAUAAGGACAAGGAUAAGGACAAAGAUAAGGACAAGGAUAAGGACAAAGAGAAGGAGAAGGAGAAGGAUAAGGAGGAGAAGCAAGCGGGCAGCGGGAAGCGCAAGAAGGAGAAGAUUAGCGUGGAGAAGAUCGACACGGGCGACUUUGUGGUGGGGAUCGGGGACAAACUGAAGGUGAACUACCACGAGAAGAAGUCGCCCAGCUCGCAUGGCAGCACAUACGAGGCCAAGGUCAUCGAGAUCAGUGUCCAGCGGGGAGUGCCGAUGUACCUGGUCCACUACACCGGCUGGAACAAUCGCUACGAUGAGUGGGUGCCGCGCGAGAGGAUUGCCGAGAACCUGACCAAGGGCUCCAAGCAGAAAACCCGCACCAUAAGCACCAGCAGUGCGAACAGCGGUAGUGGAGGCGGCGGAGGAGGUGGCUCCCUUUCGGGACAGGGUUCUCUUCCGCCGGGCGUAACGGAUAAGCAUCAGUCGGGCAAGGAUGGUGGCUCCAAAAUACCACCCUCAGCUGGAAAUUCCUCUGGACCCGGAGCUCCCCCUGGAUCUCUGGGCGGAUCCAGUUCCACACCCUCGCUGCUGUCCACUGUUGUGAAGACCCCAACGACGGGAGGAGCCAAGCGGGGACGGGGACGCAGCGACUCCAUGCCACCGCGCUCCACCACACCCUCAUCGGUGGUGGCCCAUUCCGGUCGCACCAAGUCCCCAGCUGCCUCGCAGCCACAACUGCAGCAGCAGAUGAAGAAGCGCCCGACGCGCAUCGCACUAGGAGCCACCAUUUCACGUCGCGUUUCCGAUGCCUCGAUGGCCUCCGAAUCGGAUUCGGACUCCGAUGAACCAGUGCGGCGUCCAAAGCGACAGAGUGCCAAGGAGAAACCGCAGACGGGCAAGGCCCAGCCGCCGGGAAAGGGGCGCGUGAGCAGCAGGGCCUCCUCGACGGCGCCGGCUCCCCGUCCCAGCGAUGAUUCCGAGGAGGAUGAGGAGGAGGAGGAGGACGAACCGGCGGCGACAAGAGCUGCUCCCUCGAAGCAGCAGCAACAGCAGGCCACCUCUGUGCGGGGAUCCCGGGCUGGGGGCAAUCGCGCCAUGAGCAGUGGCGCCGCUUCCGCCAAGGGACGCGACUAUGAUCUCAGCGAGAUUCGCUCGGAGCUAAAGGGAUUUCAGCCGAAGCUUUUGGCGAACGCCGUGACCAACGAGGAGCGCAAGGAUGUGACGAAGAAAGAGUCCUCUGUUGAGCCCGUCCUGCAGGACAUCAAAAAGGAGCCCAAGCUAGAGUCCUCGGCAAAGAGCAGCUCCACGGAGCUGUCCUCGGAAACCGAGUCCUAUGUGGACGAGGACUCGCAGUCCUCCGACUACCGCAAGCAGCCGAAGGCAGCAGGAGCUGGCAAGAAGGAGCCACACGCCACUCCCUCCAAAUUACAUCACGAGCAAGUGUCCAAACGGGAGCUGUCCGUCAAAGAGGAGCCACUGAAAAUAAAACCCAAAACGGAGCCCAAGGAGGAGAACACCAAGAGCAAGCCCUUCCUGUCGGGGGCGGACAUCAAACCCACCGCACUGAUAGCGCCAGCUAGAUUCGGAAAUACCACAUCCGGUGCCAGCUCUUCCACGGCCAAGUACACAUCUGUGAUUGUGGAGAAACCCCUGACCAUUGGCGGAAAGAAGGCAGCGGAGCAGCAUGUGCCCAAAAAGGCAGAGCUGCUUAAGAAGCAAUCUGCCGGAGCAGGAGCCCCUGCAGCCAGCUCUUUGCUGGCAAGUCAGGAGUCCAAGAAGUUUGCCGAACCGGUGGCCAGUUUGAAAGUGGAACUACCGGCAGCUUGCUCGCCCUCGUCGUCUUCCUCAUCGUCCAGUUCCUUCUGCUCGACUGGAUCCGCGGCGAGCUCCAGUUCAGCCACUCGAUCCCUGCCGGACAUGAGUAAGCUGGAGAUCAGCAGUGGCACUGUGCCGGGAACUUCAGCCGCAGCAGCGGCAUCCCAGCCAGGCAGUGCCACGCCACUCAGCUCCUCCAGCGUCGCCAAGGAGUCGAAGUACAGCAGCAGUGGAAGCAGUGGAGCUGCGGGAUCGGGACUAAGCAUGCGAAAGCUGCUUUCCUCGGAUGUGUACGAGUUUAAAGACACGGAGCCCUUUGAGUUCGAGAAGCGCAUCUCGCCGAUGGCCUCAGUGGGCGGAGCUGUGACCGCUGGAGCCGCCGCAGCGGGAGCAGUUGUGGGGGCAGGAGCUGCCUCGGUGAUCACAGCAGUGAUGCCAACACCAGGAGCCUCCGGAUCAGGAUCAGCGGGCCCAGCAAGUGCCCCUUCUGCAGCACCAGCGGUGGUCAGCUCGGCGGCCAGGAAGCUGGCAAUCAAGGCCUGCGCCAUGCAUCAGAGUCUGGAGCAGCACCAGCUGCCUCCCGCUGGCCACGAUCGUGGCUACGGUGCCAUGACCUCCGCACUGACCGCGCCAAAGCUGAAGAAGCGAGGAUCUCCACUGAAAGAGUCGGCCUUGGGCCUGGAAAAGCCGAAAAUCUAUAAGCUGGACAAGGAACAAGUGCAGCAGCCGGUGGAAGCGAAGGCCCAGCCGCUGACGCCUCCCACUUUAAAGGUGCUACAGCCCGCGGGACAAGUGACUCCUUCCACGUCCAAUCCAGUGAAGAUGCACACGCCACCGGCAGCCGCAGGAGCAGCCGUUGGAUCCGCUGUGGGUACGCCCACCACAUCGGGUGGCCACUCCCUGCUGUCCUCCGCUCCUCCCAGCCAGCUGGCGCCGCAUCAUGCCACGCCCUUCGAUGCCCUGAGGAAGUCACCCAGUUUUAAUCUCAACAUCACCGCCCUGAAUGAGGAAUUGGCACAGACCGUCCAGGAAACCACUAGAGUCCUCACGGACGCACUUCAGCCACCUACAACGCCUGGGCCACCGCCUGCGCCGGCGAGUGCAGCGUUGCCUGCCCCAGUGACACCAGUGAUUACGCCCACGCCCACUGCUGUGCCGGCCGCCCCUAGCUGUCCCAGCACACCGCCCACCGGAGCCAACCCAGUGCUGGCCUCGCCCAAGCUGAGCACUCCGCCCCAGGUCACCCAGUCCAGCAAGCAGCCGCCCGCUCCCCACAUUGUGGGCAGUCCCUUCAUCGAGACCAGGAACGUGUUCGAGCUGAGCACCUCCAACGAGGGCAGCGGCUACAGUUCCGGCGAGUCCAAGGACAACAAGCUGGAGAAGCUGGAGAACGUGAAGAUCCUGCUGGCCGGGGCAGCAGGACCCUUUGACCUGGAUGCCGGCAGCUACGAGCAGAAGACCAGCUCCAUAGCGGACAAGGUGCUGAAGGCCAUCAGUCAGAAGAAGGAGGAGGUGGAGAACAGCAAGAGCAAGCCGCCGGUGGAGGCCGUCGCUAAGACUCCGACCAGCGACGAGGUGGUGGUGGCCAGCCCGCCAGCCAAGCUGGACCUAAGCAGCAGUGCCAUCAAGCUGGACACCCUUAAGCUGCUGAGCGAGCCACUCAAGAUACAAACAGGUCCGCUCCUGGGUGAACUCUAUAGACCCGGUCCGGCGACCAGCAGUCCGGAGACCAAGUCCAUUCUGGAGUCCUCGCUUCCGGCCAAGAACAGCGAACUGAGCGAGACCAUACAGAAGCUGGAGUGCGCCAUUCAGCAGCGGAAGACGCCGGUGGGUGGAGCCCUCUCGCUGGCCAGCUCCACGGCGGGAACACCGCCCACCGCCCACACGCCGAACUCCACCGUCACCGCCGGAGCCGGAUUCUCGGACGAAUCCAUGGACAGCACCGACUCCGAGCAGCGCCUGGUCAUCGAGGAUGUGAUUGCGGAGGAGCACACCACCACCACGACGACUGGCGAACAGAAGAGCCCGGGAUCCGGACAGGAGGAAGGUCAGACCACCACGGCCACCAUGGUGACGGCGGCUACAGCCGAAACUGAGGGCACCAGCAGCAGCACUCCCACGCCCCCGGUCUCCGCCCCCGUAAAAUUGGAAGUAGGUGGCAAGGCCCUUCCCGGAAUCCAAGCUCCCAUUCCGCUCAAGCCAUCGGAGGGCAGUUCCUUUGCUGGAAAGCUCACGGCGGUGACUCAGCCCCCUCCGCUGGCCAAGCUCCAGCAGCAGGAAGAGGUGGGUCAGGCGAAGAGCAUGAGCAGUUUUGGCAUCCCCAUCGUGCUGCCCGAGAUCCCCGCCUCUGUGGUGGUGGCAACGCCUGCCCUGAUGGUGGCCUCCACCGCCGCCGUGAUGCGUCACAGUCCCGGCUCCACGCCGAGCUCGCCCGCGCCCGUCCUGAUCUCGCCCAAGGCGUACCUGACCGCACCGAAGGUGGGAGAAGUAGGGGGACUACUGCUGAAGGCCUACACGGGAGUGGGCGGAGCGGCGGUGACGGGAGGCGUGGCAGCUGCCGGAGGCGUAAUAGCAGCGGCCGGAGGAGCACCCACGGUCAUCUCCACCUUCCCCCAACAGCAGCAGCCGGCCAGUGUGCUUCAAGUUGCGUCUGACAUCCCUGCCAGCUACAUAAUAGAUGCUGACAUCGCCGAAGCCCCCAACAGCAGCUCCCCGGUGGUGGCGCGACCCUUUGUGAUGCACGCCGUGAGCAAGGAGCUGUACAAUGUCGUGGCACCGGCGGCCAGCUCGCCCCUGAUCAGCGAUCCGCACAACGAGUCCAUCAACUUGCUCUGCGAGGAAACCAUACCGGGCAGCCCGGCGCCCAAUUACGGUGGCUCUGAGCAGCUGCCCCCCGCCGCGGGCUUGUCCCUGGCCAUUGUGGGCAUAACGCCUCUGCCGCCGGAAACACCGCCACCCGGAGCCAUUUCCGCCAUCCAACAGCAGCAGCAGCAUCAACAAUUGCAAGCCGGGCAGCAGCAGCAGCAGGCGGCCAAGACGGGAGAGGUGAAUCCCUCGGCGCCCAACAGUUCGCCAGACUCUGCCAGCCAGGAUGAGAGCGGCGAGGAAACGAAAAAGAAUGCCGAGCACGAGCUCGAGCACGAGGAUUCGGGCGGCCUAGGGGCGCUGAACAAGCGCAAGCGCACCCGGAAACCGCUGCCGAUGAGCGCCCAGGCGGCGGCAGCCGUGACCGCUCAGCUGCAGUCGUUGACCAAGAGGCGACGCCAGGUGUCCGGGAUGCGCAGCCAGAAGACGACAGCCACCACAGCUGGCUCCGAUACCGACGACAAUUCGGAUAAUAUAGCGCCAACGGUGGGACAACAGCAGCAGCAGCAACAGCAGCGGCAGAGUGCCCGCCAGCAACUGUUGCCGCAGGACAACGCCCAGCAACAGCAGCAACAUCAGCUCAUGCAGCAGCAGGCGCAGCUGCAGCAGGGAAUCCAGUCCGGCAACCAGUCCGGAGUGCGUCCAUGUCCGUACAACUUCCUCGUGGAGCUGGAUCCUUCGCUUAGCUCGGACGAGUGCAUCACGAUCCUGCGCAAGCAGAUCCAGGACCUGCGCAAGGCCUACAACACCAUCAAGGGCGAAUUGGCGAUAAUCGACCGCCGGCGCAAGAAGCUGCGUCGCCGGGAGCGCGAGAAGAAGCAGCAGCAGCUGCAGAGCCAGCAGCAGGGCAAGAUCUGUGCCUAGCUUGGAUGCAAUCCACAUCCAGCGAACAGCGACAACGGCAAUUGCAGAGAGGUUGCAAGUGCAAAUGCAAAUGACUUUGAAGCCGCAGAAGGGAACGAAUGAAGUUCGUUGAAAAUGAAUUACGAAGAGUAGAAAUUGUAAAUCUAUGGACUUUUUUUUUUCCAUUACUAGUUUGUAGGCAGAAUUCUUUAGGUUUAAGCAAAAAAUCGCGUCUGUAUAUUUACAUUUCAUAAGAUGUAUGUAUUCUUAAGCAAAAAACGACACUUUAUUUGACUUAUUUUGGAGAUUUGCUAGAUUUUGUAAAAGGAUAGUAGCAAUUUCAAUAAAAAAAAGGUUUUAAAAGAGAA